UUCUUAGAGUACCCGACAUCUUCUUUGCAGACCUUGAUUGCUCGUUUCAAGGAAUCUUGUUUCACAUGCACUCUUCCAAAGGAAGAACUCAAUGGUCAUCUCAAGGAACAUAUCAAGAGGAACUUUUCCUAGUGGAUGUAUGGGUUCAGUAACCGAUUAUUCUCUGAACAUGCUACCCUAGCUGAAAGGCUUAACAAUCCACCUACUGAAAUCCCUGCUCAUAUUUGGAGGGAUAUGGUUAACAAGUGGAGAGAACCCGAUCCAAUAGAGACAUUUAAGAAGUUUCAUGUAAAGAAUGGAAAUGGUGAAUUCACCACCCCAAAAGCUCCGACCAUCCAUUUAUUAAAAACUUUGUUUGUAAGCUAAAUUGAAUAAUAAGGAAGCUGAGAGGUUGAGUCAAGGGGAA